GACAUUAAAUUAAUUGAAAAAAGUAUAAAACAAGGAUAUAUAUGUAUCAUUAAACGUACUUCUAAUGACAGUAAUGGAUAUUACAAAAUUAGUUUUCUUUUUCAGAUUAUCGUAAUUAAUUAUUUUGUUGGUGUAAUUUGUAUGUAAAUUCUAAGUCUUCAUUAACGAUUUGUUUAAAAAAGUAUCAUUAUUUUAAAAAAUAAAAAUAUCCUUCCAUAAAAUAUGGCCGUUUUCUGAGCACUGUAUUAUCGAGCCAUUUUGGCGGAGUUGGCGGCCGCAUAGUUUAACGGCUAUCAAUCCUACGCAACUGAAUUUUGAAUUUUUUCAAAACUCUCUUAAUAAGAAAACUGAACUAUACCCUUCCAGUCCUGAUCAUUCUCUUUAAAACCUAAAUUUCAAGUGUCCCUCAUCCUUUGAUACUCCUUCCCUCUUUUGGUUUCAAUAACGAAUCAGAAGAAAGAGAGAGCAGGAGAGGUAUCAGUUUCUCCAAUCUUCUUUUUCUGUAUUUUCUGAAUUUUCUUUGCGAUUUGCAACACCCUUUACUUGCCAAGAUUGAUGGCUUCGUUUUCUUUUCUAUUCUUUUAUAUAUAUAUAUAUAUAUAUAUAUAUAUAUAUAUAUCAAACCCAUCUUUGAAACCAGAGAAUCUCAUGGUUUCUGCAGAAUUUGACGUCCAUUCUUUCCUUUUACUGUAGUGUUACUCAAGAACUUCGGGCGAUUUUUGUAAAAUUCUUGCAAAGAUGAAUGACCUAAUGACAAAAUCGUUCUUAAGUUAUGUGGAACUUAAAAGACAAGCCCAAAAAGAUCUUGAACUCGAACUUGACAUGGAAUCUGGCUUUCUCAACCCUGCAGAUGAACCAAACCUCUCUCAGUUCUUCCAAGAAGUUUCUGCAAUCAAAGCUGAAAUGGAAGAGAUCACUAAUCUCUUGUCUGAUCUUUGUGCUCUUGUUCAAGAGUCUAAGUCCACUCAUAGUGCCAAAGUUCUCCGUGGCCUGAGAGACAGAAUGGAAGCCGACAGUGUUUCAGUUCUUAGAAAGGCUAAGCUUAUAAAAGCAAAGCUAGAAUCACUCGAUCAAUCCAACAAAAUCAAUCGCAGAACAUCAGAACUGUACAAAGAAGGUAGUCCUGUUGAUAGGGCAAGGAUAUCAGUCACAAAUGGCUUGAGAGCUAAACUGAGGGAGAUGAUGAACGAGUUUCAGUUCCUGAGAGAGAAGAUUUUAUCAGAUUAUAAAGCUGAUCUCAUCAGAAGAUACUACACAGCAACUGGAGACGAACCCAGCGAGGAAGACAUCGAAAAGAUCAUUUCAGGAGGUGGGGAAGUUAAAAUGUUUUCAGGGAAAGCAGAGGAAGAAGUGAGUGGCAAAGAGAUGCAUAAGGUUCUGAUGGAUAUACAGAGAAGCUUGACAAAGCUGCACCAGGUGUUUCUCGAUAUGGCUGUUAUAGUUGAAACACAAGGGGAAAAGAUGGAUGAUAUUGAAGAAAAUGUGGCCAAUGCAGGAAACUUCAUCAGCGGAGGAACCACCAAUCUUUACUAUGCCAAUCAGAUAAAGAAGAAGAGAAAGGCUUGGGUUUAUUGGGUUUGGGCUGUGAUGAUGAUCAUACUUUUGGUCUGUAUUGUUUCAUUGUUAGCUUCUUGAGAUUAUUGGAUUUUUAUUUGAGGGAAGGUUCAGAGUCUUUUGCCUCUUUUGUGUCUGUAUAAUAAUGCAUAGUUGAGUUUUUCUAGUUCAGUAAGAGAUGAUCAUUUUGAGGGGAAAUUUGGAAGAUGAUCUCUAUACCUUUUGCUUCUCUGCCUCUUCAUUUUUAAAAUGGGCCAGUGUAUUCAGUAAUUCGGAAAUUUAUGGUGAAGUCAUGGGUCACCAUUGAGAAAUCAGCAAUCGAUUA